GAAAAGCAAAUGACCCGUAAGGCUGAAAAGUGUAUGUUUUUAAAAGAAAUAUCGCCCUUGCUGUAUUAGCUGACUUUCACUGCCAAAAAUCACAAAAGUACGAGUUUAACUUUGAUUCGUGUUUGAUUCAUUCAUUGCAAUGAAUUACGACUCAUUGCUGUGAAAACUAGACAUUGAUAUCAAUAUUGGCUGUUUGGAAAAAUCUACAUCCUUGCAAGGUUGAAAAAUGGACCUAGAUGUGGACUUCUGUCCACUUCUUGCCCAGAUUCAGGGCUACCUCCUCCAGCAUCUUAAUGAAGAUAAAACAAAUUUCAAAGAUGAUCUUGCUCAAUUAGCAGAACCAUUUGCAGUCCAUGUAAGCCGCUGCCUGUCCAAGGAAGAUGCAGACACCAGCUCUGUGCAGAGCCUGCAUGACCUGCUGUUGGCCAGCUCCGGCCUGGUGCCACUCGACCCCAGCUGUCCACACGCCCAGUCUGUGCUGGCCAAGCUGCAGGGCGCGCGACUACCGGCCGCCCUGUACCUGUCUGCGCUGCCGGUCGGCCUGGAGCCGGCCCUGCUGCGGCGGCUGAGCCUCACCGAGCGUCCGGCCGAGCUGCGCGCCGCCCUGGUGGCCGCCGUGAGCCGGGAGCCGGUCCGGUGGCCGGCCGUGCCGCCGCUGCUCGCCGCCUGUCUGCAGACUGCCGAGCCGGCCGCCGACGUGGACAGACUACUGACGCUGCUGGUGGCCGCCCCGGUCACCGCCGACGGCCGGCCGGCGCUGGCGCUCACCGCCUGUCUGCUCGUCCUGCUGGAACACCUGCUCGAGUCCCAGCAGCCUCCGGACGCCGGCACGGCCGCAGCGGCCGCGGCGGCCGUCUCAGCUGCCACUGAGCUCUACCGGCGUGUGACGCUCAACGAGUGGCUCGAGUGGGCCGAGCGAGACGCGGCCGUGGUCACCGGCGGCGCCACGGUGCAGGCCGCUCUCUCCGAGACUCUGCAUGACGUCACGUCUCUGGUGGAGGACGCCCGCCGUGAGGGGCGCGCCGCGCUGCUGCCGGCCGCCACGGACGCUCUACUGGAGACGGUUCGUCCUUACGCCGGCCAGGAGACUGUAUCACGUCAGGAGCGGCUGCGCGUGGUGGCCGAGCGCGGUCGCAGGAGUCGGCGUCACUUCCGCGCGCUGCUGGAUGAGUUUGAUGUGACUGACGAGGAGUUGGUGCGGUGUCUGGAGAGCUGUCCCGACCUGAUCGUCAGUGACGACCUCUGGAGACUGCUGACGGUGCUGGAAGAGUCUGCCGGCCAGCCCUCCGAACUCCGGGACAGGGUGGUCAAGGUACUGGUCGCUGAGCUGCUGAAGGAUGCUGAGGCCGAGCAGCGCCGCCGGCUGGUGGAGCACGUGCUGAGUACAGCUCCUGCGCUGCGCACCUCCUGCUGGGAACAGGAGCUGAGGACUGCGUCGGCCCAGAUGGCAGGCGGCGACGGGAACUCCAUCAGUGAGACCUCUGUGGAGCAGGUGUGCGGUCUGCUGCUGCAGUCGCCACGCCCCCUGCUACACUCUCUGGUACAACAGACCGCAGAGAGUGGCGGUAAGGCGACUAUAAUGGCCGCCCUGCUGCCGGCACUGAACCGCCGCCUGCCGCUGCGGCUGCUGCGCGCCGAGACGGGCGCUGAGAAACCUAAGGAGAACGCUGCUACUGCUGAAACCGACAAAACUAAAGAUAACGCCGCUACCACUGCCGACCCUACCAAAGGAACCUCUGAGACAUCGCUAGGACUUAUAGAGGCGCUGAUCAUGGACCAGCUGUCUGAGACGUCGGAGCUGAAGCCGUUCCGGCAGCUGACGCAGCUGCUGGUGGCAGCUGUCGGCUGCCAGCUGACAGCUGUGGAUGAGCGUCUGGCGGGCCGCGUCACCGCCCUGCCAGUGCCAAAGCGGCUCACGCUGCAUCUUGUGCAGGAGCUGCUCGGCAGCGCUGCGCCGCGCUCGGCCGCCUGGUGCUGUCCGCUGGCGCAGUUUGCCGCUGUCGCACUGGACGAGACUCUGGACCUGGACUCUGAGGAGACGGCGCCAGAGGCGGCCGUGGACCAGAGACAGAGAGCGCUGCACUGCUUCAGACUACUGGGCGACGUCGACCAGCUGGACGCCACGGGCGCGCUGUCGGCCCUCUCGCGCCGCUGCCACCCGGUCACCCAGCAGUACGUCAGUCGGCUGCUACUCCGCCAGUCGCCGCCGGUCGACCACGAUCCACUGCUGCUCUGUUUGACCGAGGAGGCGGCGCCCGCCUGGCACCCCGACCAGCACACGCUCAUCAAGGCCACGCUGGCGUCGUACCUGCCGUACCUCUGUGAGGACGAGUGGCGGCGGCUGCACGACGCGCUGCUCCAGUACAGCAGCGGCCGCGCCCCGCUCGCCGGGCAGGCGCCGGCCGAGCAGCGGCCCCUGGCCCGCUCAGUGUGGUACUACGGCGACCUGAUGACCCUCUGGACCACUGCCGUGGACGGGGUAACGCCGGAGGAGUCACUGCUGCUGGCUGCGCCGAGGGUCACCGUCUGCCUCCGGGCCAUCGCCGUACAGGUCAAGAGAUCGCUGGAGCGCCUUUCCUCCGACUGCCCCGACGAGUACUGUGACGAGCUCUCGGCCGUGUUUCUGCCGCUGACACACCUGAUGACGCUGGUCUCCGACCCGGCCGCCCGCGACUCUCUGGACAUGCUGGCCCUCUACGUGACGGCAGAGUUCAUCAAACAGCUCACCAGCCGUAUGGAGCAGAAGAGUGCUGAACUGCCGCCGAAGGAAGAGACACCACCUGCCGACGAUACGGUCCCCGUCUCCCCCUGCAUGGACUGGGAGCUGCAGCAGAUGGAUGCCUCCGCCAGUACCCUGUCUCAGUUCGUCGUGGGGUGCUUCAACAUCCCCAACGACUCGCCGGUGAAGAAGCGGGUGCUGCAGCACAUCAGCGGCUCGGUGCUGGGCAGCCUGACACCCCAGCAAGGAGUGGCCGGCUGAGGUCAGUCCGUCCAGGCACCCCUGGUGGCUAGGGCGGCUCUGCUCUAGUCACGCCUGGUGACUGAGGCGGCCCACGCAGUUACCGUCUGGUGGCUGAGGCUCCUCCAGUCACCCACCCUUGGGGGCCAAGGCAGUCCUUACAGUCACCUCCGGUGAUGGCUGGACUUGUCUCGCCGUCACUGAGUACGGAGAUAGCUGUGCACGGAGUACGGAGACAAGUGGUCCGUCCGCCGCCGCGCAGUGUCUGAAGGUCAGUCUUCGGGGACGGGGUGGGUGGCAGCCUCCACCAGACAGCUGAGGUGGAGCGUGUUGCGCACGUGAAUCUCGCCCAGGGAGCCGCACUGCCGCAGUGUGAGAAGGAGUUAGAGGGUAGGGUUUGAUAGGCCGAGUGGGCUGUGCUAAUAAUGCAUCGAAUAGUCUGCGCUCGCGGCGUGGGCUUAAGGCUUUCAAAUUUCAAUGCUCAGUUGGUUUGUUGGAUACAACUUAGUUCUUCAGCGCUGUGUGGUGUGACGGUGUUUCAAAUCGAGCGUAUGAUAGGAUUACGUACAAGGUAUGCCAAUAGUUGCUAUUGUUUGUACAAUUACUUUGUUUUGCACUUGCCUGUGCAAAGUGCAAGGCCAAAUAUUCAUACAGUACCCAACAGCUGACUCUGCCUCCCCAAUCAGUAUUCCGUCUUCCCCGUGACGUUUUCCGAAUAAACGACUGAGUUUUCACUAA